AUGGCUUACCCGCUCGAAUUAGGAUUUCAAGACGCUACAUCUCCCAUUAUAGAAGAGCUUUUACACUUUCAUGACCAUACCCUUAUAAUUGUUUUCUUAAUUAGCUCCUUAGUCCUCUAUAUCAUCUCAUUAAUAUUAACCACAAAAUUAACUCAUACAAGCACUAUAGAUGCUCAAGAAGUAGAAACUAUCUGAACCAUCCUUCCUGCUAUUAUCCUUAUUCUGAUUGCUCUCCCCUCUCUACGUAUUCUAUACAUAAUAGACGAAAUUAACGACCCAUCCUUAACAGUAAAGACAAUAGGCCACCAAUGAUAUUGAAGCUAUGAAUACACUGACUACGAAGACCUUAACUUUGACUCUUAUAUAAUUCCAACUUCAGACUUAGCCCCCGGAGAUCUACGACUUCUGGAAGUCGACAAUCGAGUUGUUCUUCCAAUAGAGUUACCUGUACGAAUAUUAAUCUCAUCUGAAGAUGUACUUCACUCUUGAGCAGUCCCAUCCCUUGGCUUAAAAACAGAUGCCAUCCCAGGCCGACUUAAUCAAGCUACGCUAACAUCAACACGACCAGGACUUUAUUAUGGGCAAUGCUCUGAGAUUUGCGGAUCAAAUCAUAGCUUCAUACCUAUUGUUCUUGAAUUAGUUCCACUAAAACACUUUGAAAACUGAUCCUCAUCAAUACUAUAA